CCGCGGGUGAUGCGCCACUUACUCUAUGAGGUGGGAACCCAACGGUCGACUGGCCUAGGGUCUUCUCUAUUAAACCCUCCACCUUGUACCCACUGAGAGAGAGUCACCGUCGAUCAUCUUCAUUUGUUCCCCAAUCGCAAAAACCAAACCCUAAAUUUCAAAAACUGUGAGAAUCGUCCAUGGCUAAACCCAAGACAGUAUCAUACGAGGAGAGUCGCAAGCAGAGGUUGGAGGAAAACAGGAAGAGAAUGGAGGCACUCAAUCUGCCUCAGCUUUCUCUCGCUCUUAAAACCUCUUCCUCUCCCAAAUCCUCCCCUAUGAAGCGAACCCCCAAGCCCAAGGCCGAGAAGCAGAUGGUUGUGGUGAGGAGGUCCUCUCGAGUCGCAAAUCUACCUUCGCCUCCUGUCUACAAAGAAAUGGAAGUUGUUGAGCGAGUUAUGAUACCGAGAAGGUAUUCUGGUUCUACUUCUAAGCAUAGGGAUCUGUCGAAUCGGGUGUAUGCUUCUUAUGAAGAUAGAAUGGAUGCUAUGGCGAAAGCUGAAAAAUUGGAGUCGGAUUUGGGGUCUGAUUACCCGACUCUUGUGAAAACAAUGCUCCAAUCACAUGUCACUGGUGGAUUUUGGCUGGGUCUUCAAGUCCAGUUCUGCAAGGAUUAUCUUUCAAAGAAAGAUGAAAUUAUGACAUUGGUAGACGAAGAUGGUAAUGAGUACGAGACUAUUUACUUGGCCCGGAAGACAGGACUAAGUGGUGGAUGGAAAGGAUUUGCAGUUGCUCAUGAUUUGGUGGAUGGGGAUGCAGUGGUCUUUCAAUUAAUCAAGCCUACAACAAUGAAGGUGUACAUUAUAAGGGUGGAAAGAAAGGCCUGAACAGUAUUAUGCUAACUCUAACGCAGUCCGAUCGAUUAGGUUAAUUAAAAACUUUUGGAAUAGCUUUUAUAUCCAUUUUGAUGCAGUGAAGGACCCUUUAUUUGCUGCAAGAGAAGUAGCAAGUUUUACCAUUCAUGUUCUGUGAAGAUUUCUAGUUUUAGGAGACACAUAGAGCAAUCAUCUCCAAUCAACAUCCGAUCACAUUGAGAUGUCUAUUGUUUCUUUUUUGGAGAAAGAUGUCUAUUGUUUCUUAAAGAGAUAUAUAUGUAUGAACCUUUGAGCAAAUUUGAAUGGAUGGCAGCUCUUCUUAUCUCUCGCCCUCUUU